AUACAACGCAGCGUCGCCGACCGGAGGUCGUUUCCCAACGCCCGAUGGCCGACUUCUUCGCGUGCUGGGCGGCGCGGGCCACGACGCUCGCGCUCCUCGCCGACGCCCAGCGGGACGCGGUUGCGAACGCGGCCACGGAGCUUGCGGCGGCCAUCUGCAUACAGCGCAUCUUCCGCGGGCAGCGCGUCCGCGCGAGCAUCAGCCGCAUGCGGACGGCCGAGAUUCUCAUCGCGCGAGUUUUCCGCGGGCACUUGGGCCGGCACAAGGCGCAGAAAGCCCGCCGGCGAAGGAGACAUCUCGAGAAGCAAGCGCGCUUCCACCACCUCGCCCGCCUCAUCCAGACGCGCUACCGAGGCUACUACUCGCGACAGCACGUGCACAACUUUGCGACGCGCAAGACGUAUCUCCGCGAGCUCGAAGCCAAAGGCAAUGCGCUCCGCGCGACAGUGCAGAAGCGACUGGACGAGCAGCGCGCGCUGGAGCUUGUCCGCGUCGAGGAAGAGUCGCGCGACGAGCUCGUCAAGAUCACACAGAAUUUGCACCACCUCGUGGGCACGACCGUGACGCCCGGUGUCUAUAGCUCACCGUUUGCCCAAGCACGGCCCACUGCGUUUGGCGUUCCCGUCGAGACGCACAUUCGCACCAACACACUCAACUUGCUCUCGACGGUCCCGAAGAAGCUGCUCACCAAGCAGCAGCUCAAGCCCCAGCCGCCGGCUGUGCGCACCUCGAUCCAGGCGUCGUCCAAGUACAACAUUGACCGCGUCUACGACGAGCGCGACAAGCGGUACCAAAAGGCCAUGAACUUUACACAAGACAAAUUCGUGCCCGUCGUCCACCCGGCGAAAACGUACAGCUACGACAAGAGCAUCAACAACGGGAUAUCGUACCUUGACCCGAGAAAACACCCGUUCUGCGAGCGCAGCGCCAACAAGUCGCCCAUCAAGCCCAAGCCGCCGCGCAAGGAGGUCGUGCGCCUGCCACCGGCAGUGCAGUCCCCCCCGAGUACGCCGUCGUUCCACAAACCGCGAAAGACCAAGUCCAAGACAUCACUCGUCGAGUAG